AUGACUGAAUCAUUAACUGAAGAACAAAUCGCUGAGUUCAAGGAAGCUUUCUCCCUCUUUGACAAGGACGGUGAUGGAUCGAUCACCACCAAAGAACUCGGAACUGUCAUGAGAUCCCUCGGUCAAAACCCAACAGAGGCUGAACUCCAAGAUAUGAUCAAUGAAGUCGAUGCUGACGGAAACGGAACAAUUGACUUCCCAGAGUUUUUGACUAUGAUGGCUCGUAAGAUGCAAGAAAACGACACAGAAGAAGAAAUUCGUGAAGCCUUCAAGGUAUUCGAUAAAGACGGUAAUGGAUUCAUUUCAGCUGCUGAGUUGAGACACGUUAUGAUCAACCUCGGUGAGAAGCUCUCUGAAGAGGAAGUUGAAGAGAUGAUCAAGGAAGCUGAUUUGGAUGGUGAUGGACAAGUCAACUACGAAGAGUUUGUCAAGAUGAUGCUUUCAAAAUAA